AUGAACGCAAGGCAAGAAAAGAGCGGGAGCAAAUCUCUUCCAAGCGCGAUCGCGAGCACGACAAUUAGACCGGAGUUCCGAGCAGAGUAACCCGAUACGAGAGAGAGAGAGAGAGAGAGAGAGAGAGAGAGAGAGAGAGAGAGAGAGACUCCGGAGACAGAGCGUGUGCGUAAAAGCGCACGAGAGAAAGACUGCGGAAGGAGCCAAAGAACAAAUAACGGACUUGGGCGCAACAGAAGCGGGAUCUAGCAGAACGACGCAGAGGGAUCCCCUUCUGGAGAGGGCAGAGCGGAGGCAGGUGGGCUGGGAUCCAGCGGAUCUGGCUGGGUCUCUGCGCCGCCGCCGCCGCCUCUCUCUCCCCCCUCCCCACGUGGUUGCUCCAUUUUGCCCUAACUGCGCGAAGCCAGGAGGAGGGGGACCAAGGAGGAGGAGGAGGAGGCAUCCACUGCGCUUGGGCCGCCGCGAAGGCGCCUUUGCGGGGGUGGGAAGAAGCCGGGAGCAGCUGCCGAGACUGUGGGGAGCCCGGCGGCGUGGCGCAAGGUAAUGGGGGGAGCAGGGGAGAGUCCGCGCCGGGCGCUUCGUGCGUCCGCCCUCGGUUCCUGGGCUCGAACUUCCUUUGGCACCUCGUGGAGAGAGAGGGAGAGGAGCGAGCCGGGGCUUUGAUGUGGGACGCGGUUUGGCGGAGCGAAGACGCGGCAAGGCUUGGCGACAGAGGAAGGGGGGCUGUUUUCGUGGGGAGGUGGGAGGGGAUGUCUUUGCCUCUUCCCGGCAACAGAUCCUCCAGGCUGGGGAAACUCCUGCUGGGGAGCGACCCGCUUUGUGCUUUGCCCGCUAUCCCAUUAUAAAAGGAGUAAUAAUGUUCAUAAUAUGACCAUAUAAGCCCCAGAGAGAGAGAGCGCGCGCGACAGAGAACUUCGCAGGAAACUGGCUUUUGCGGAGUCAAACCAUCGCUCUGCCCAGCUCAAUAUCCUCCACGAGGGCUCUCCUGGGUUUCAGGCGGAAGCCUCCCCACCCCCUCCGACCCUACAUGCAGAUGCCGGGAUCGAACCCAGGAGCUUCUGCAUGCGCAGCAGAUGUCCGGCCGCUGACUUGCGGCCCUUUCCCCUUAAUUUGCACGUGGGCGCCGUGGAACUGACGUGUAUAUGUGUGCAUGUAUGUGUGUGUGAGAGAGAGACCACUUGGAUACAAAACCACUGCUCCCAGUAAAUCUCCAUGGAUUAAGCCCUCUUCCAUUCUACAAACCCCCCCCCCCCCCGCAAAAAAGAUGAAACAGGAAUGCCCAACCAGGGAGGGGUGAACUCCCCUCCCCCCAAACAGUCAGCAACACCCCCCCACUCCAUCAGCCAAUAAGGGGUUGUGUGUUGUUACACAGGCAGAGAUAUGAGAGGAACCUUGCUCAUGUCAGGUAAGCCAAGGUCCCCAUACAUUUAAAACCCACUCAGCGUACAUUUAAUGUACAUGACUUCACUCAAAGAAACCUAGGAACUGUAGUUCUCCCCCCUCACAGAGCUGCGAUUCCUAUCACCCUUUAUGAAACUAUAGUUCCCAGGAUUUUUUGGGGGGGGAGGUGCUUUAAAUGUGCGUCAAAAUGUGCUUUAGAUAUAUAUGGUGUGGAUGGACUUCAUUUUCAUAUGCAUCCUUUUGGUUUUUCUUGCUGUUUUGUGCCCAAACAAACAAAACCAGAAACUAGUCUGAGAGAAACUCACAGAGGUUUUCUUCUUUCCCCCCCACUUUCAAGCUCACCUUUGCAAAGAGUCUGUGGCUGCAGCCUGCUCCCUCCCCCUUCCUGACAUGUUUCUCUUCGGAUGGCUCGGGAUGAACCAGCAAGCUGGGAUGCUCCACUUCUGA